CAGAAACCUGCGGGAUAUUCAAAGUAAAUAAAAGUUGGACCUAACUAAAAAAAUUACAGUAUAUCUUAUUUAAAUAGGUGAUAUAAAAUGGAUGGUCUGGAUAUACUAAAUGAAAAUGUGGGCUCUGAAGCAAAGGAUGAUCUUCCUGCAACACAAGCUGUUGAUGACAGAGUGUUAAAAGGUGUGGUGGCCUAUGUGGAAGUGAGGUCUACAAAUGAUAAUAGAAGUGAGGCAGUAAGGAAAGAACUUGCACAGCUUGGAGCAAUUGUUGUGAAAAAAUUUACACCAGAUGUCACUCAUGUUGUUUUCAAGGAGGGAAGCAACAGAACAAAAACUAAAGCCCAGAAGAAAGGCAUUCACCUUGUUUCUGUUCUAUGGGUGGAAAACUGUAAAUUGAACCAGGAGCAUGUUUCUGAGAGGAUGUAUCCAGCUGUUGUACCCAGGCUUAAAGGGACACCACUCCUCAUGACAAAACUCAAAAAAGCCAAAUCCAUGCAGCCACGUGAUUUUGAAGAGGAACUGGCAAACAGUGCUGAAAGAGUGGGACGGAAAAGAAAGAAACAUGAUGCAUUAAAUAGAUUGAAAUCCACAGAGAACACACCCUCUAGCUCUCCAAGAGCUAUAGUUCUUGUACAAGAUACUCAACCAAGGUCACCAGAUGAUGGUUUUGUACUUACCCCUAUCCGCCUGACCAUACCAGAUACACCACCUAGCAUGAGGGAAAAAAUGAGGAAGAUCAAACUGGCUAAAGAGGGCGCAGCAGGAUCUUAUACAGCUGGGGAACUGGAUGAUCAUGAUGCAGAGGACAAACAUAUACAUCUGAAACAGUUACAGAAAAAACUCUUCAAAUCAGUUGCUUUCAGUGGUAAUUGUUCUAGCACCACCCAGUCCCCUGACGCAAGUUCUGUAUUCAUGUCUGACUCUGAUAAUGAUCAAAUGGUUGAAGUUGAGGGGCCAGCUAACAAAAUAGGUAAUAGCAAGAAAAGCGGAUUAAUUGAACAUAACGUCAGUAUUGAUAGUGAAUCUUCUGUGAAUAAUGACAUCUUCAAACUUGCUCAGAACAUAAAUGCAACAUUGAAUAGUCAAUUAAACAAAAGUGGAACAGGUGCUGGAAUGUUUGGUGUAGACUCUGAUGAAAACUUAUUGAGUUCUCAAGAAAUUAAAACAGUGGUGAAUGUACCUGUUAAAUUGAAACAACAUGCAGAGAAUGAAUGUGAUACGCAAAAUUUGGAAUCAGGAACUAAAGACCCUAAUAAUGUUGGCAGUUGUUCUGGUAGGUCAGUUGUUGUAAAAAAGACAUCUCAAAAGCAUAAAACAGACAUGCAAAAUGAAGAAACUUUAACAGAAAGAAAACAGAGAAGACGUUCAUCUCGUCGACUGUCUGUUCAACAAGCAGUUCAGGAAUUAGAUACAUCUACUAUCUUAAACCUACUGCCUGAGGAAGAUGAAGAUGAAAAUCCCAUUGCAGAUUUGUCAUGUUCAAAAGAGAAUUCUAGUCAAAAGAGUAAAGUGAAUAAUGAAAAUGUGCCAGUUAGACAAGAAAAGACCAUGAAAAAAGGUAGAAAUUCAAAGGGAAAAUUGAAUGAAACAGCUAAAAGCAAUGGUAAAAGGGCAAGUAGAAAUAGUAUCUCCCCAAGAAACAGCAAAGCAUUACCUGAAAAUGAUAUGGAAUCAAUAGAAAAAGAAAAUGAGAAAUCUGAGCAGAAUGAAUCAAAGUUGACUACUUGUAAGGCUACAAAUGUAAAGAAAUCAAUGAAAAAGAAACUGUUAUCGUUAACAGAUUUAACUGAACAGCAUUCUGUAUUAGUUGAACCAACAAAAUGUUCUACAGAUGAAAGACCACAGUUAGAGCCUACAAAGACAAAGAGAGGUAGAAAGAAAAAAACUAGUUCAGAUAAUUCUUCAGCUUGCAUUGAAGAUGAAGCUGAUGCAAAUAAGGAUGCCUUAGAUAAUAGACAAAAUAUAAAUAAUGAUGAAAAUGGCAAAGACAAAGUUAAGAAUACUGUGGAAAAUAAAACAAGCAGGAAAAGGAAACCAGAUGAAGAAUCUGGAAAAGAUGCUAAAUGUGCUGUUGGUAGAAAGAAAAGAAGUAGUGUUGUUGGAGAGACUGGACAAAGGAAGGUAAAGAAAGGAAAGAAAGCUCUUGUUAAUGAAACACAUGUUGAUGAGGCCGAUGAAACUGUUCCAAAUGUUGACCAAACACCAAUGACUAAAGUACAGGAUGUAACGACACAGUUAAACCUGACUAAAGAUAAUAGCUUAGUAUGCUCAAUUAGAGAGACAACGCUCUCACUGUCAAUGUCAACUGCUUACACUGAUGCAAAUAUGCCAUCAUUUUUGAUAUCACAACGUAGAAGUAUUGAUGAAUUUAGUGCAUCUCAAAGACAAAAUAAAAAAAAGAAAUUGAGAGAUCGGUCAGUGUUGACAUCUAUAAGCGAACUAGAGAAUAGUAAUGACCAUUCUUCAUCAGAUUCAGAUAGGAGUGUGAAUAGUGGGAAAAGAAGGGGAAAAGUUAGUGUCUCUCAACAUAGAAAGAUAGUGAGACCAUCUCUAGUUAUGACAAGUCUCCACUCAUAUGAACAGGAUGUUGUUAUUUCUGUCAUUAAAAAGCUUGGUGGGUUUGUUAUAGCGGAGAAUGUGAACGAGACAACUACCCACAUUAUCUGUGGCGAGUCACGUAGAACACUUAACGUGCUGUAUGGCCUGGCCAGAGGAAUUUGGUUACUUAGCAAAGAAUGGGUUUUAAACUCCCUGGAAGCAGGAAAAUGGAUCCCGGAGUCCGAAUUUGAAUGUACAGAUACUUUUCCAGCAUGUAAGGUGGUACGAUUGGAGCAUGAAAAGUCUCCUGAAAUAUACAGACAGUCUCUGUUUAAAGGUAUUGGGCGUGUAUAUAUAUCUGGCAGGUCACAGCCACCAAGACAACAUCUUGUUCAGCUUCUCAGGCUAUGUGGAGGACAGGUGAUAGGUAUAAGAGAGAAAGCAAGUAUAUAUCUGGGCACUGAUUAUCAUCCAGGGAUGACAUGUGUGAAAACAAACUGGCUUCUAGAUUGUAUUACAAGUCACAAGUUGUUACCCAUGGACAGAUACUAUCUUGACAGACCAAAAAGAGAAAGUAGUCCUGUGUAUUAAACAGAGAAAGUAAUCCUGUAUAUUGAAUGGAGAAAGUAGUCCUGUAUAUUAAAUUGCGAAAGAGCUGAGAAAGUAAUUCUGUGCUUUAAACAAGAAAGUUGUCCACUCUAUUGAAUAUUGAAUGGGAAAGUAGUCAUAUAUAUUGAACAGUAUUAGCCACACAUUUCAUUUGAUUGGCAUCGUAAUUGUUGCCAGACUUGUUGUCAAGAAUGAUGUGUUUAUAAAUUGACAUAUCUGAGAUGUGAGGAUUGUUUUUCUCAGGAAUGGAAAAAAUAGUCUUCCAAAAAUUGUGCCCAGCCAGACAGCCUGAACAUGUUACCAAAGUGGAAAGCUAUUUAACUGUCUUGAACCCACAAAAAUAAAUAAAAUUGCUUCUGAUUAAUAUGAUACGUAUGUAGAAACAGGAAGGUAUAUACAGAAAAAAAAAUCUUCUACUGGAAGCUACUCUUAGUAGCAGUAAGGAGUUCAGAUUUCAUUUUAAUUUUCAGUUUGUAACAUGUGUAGAUGUCAGUCUGAAAUUUAUUAUUUUUGAUAGUGUUUAAUUUGAAUGAAGAAAUGUUUUGUAAAAAUAGCUUGUUUAUAUUAUUAAAUUGAAAAUCGUAUACUUGCCCGAGAGCAUAGAACCAUUUCAGAGCGUCGAAAUUUAGUUAAAAAAAAUAUUAUAGGUCUUUUAUAUAAGUCAAAUAUGGUAGAACUAUUUCUUUGUUGCUUUAAGGAAGGUGACUGUGACAUCACUACUGGCAUGUUUUGAUAAAAAUAAACAUCACUUGUCAUAUAAGAAAGGUCAUUAAUACAUGAAAACCGUCUGAGCUUAGACAAGUCUUCACAUUAGGGAAACAUUCUUCAGAAUUAAGGACUGAACUGAAAACUGGUUCAACUCUUUGAAUUUAAGAAACAAAACAACUUCAGAAAACAUCAAGUGGACUGUCCAUGAUUUUAUUUCUGCAGGGUUUCCUCUGGGUCUAUUUGACUUUGCGCCAACAAAUUUGCCAGUCGGAAAAAGUUUGUGCCAAUGGCUCCAAAGUUGGAGCCAAUAGUCUGUCGAGGCGAUAAAGAAAUUCUAAUGACUGAAGGUACUAUGCAUUUUCAACUUUUCAAGAACUUUUUUCUCACUCACACCAUAUUAAUAACUAUGUAUUAUCUACCUCUGAAUAUGCUGUUGUAUAGGAUUAUAUGUUUCUGUAAUGGCCAGUGCAUGGUAGUGAUAUUGUUGAGUAAUGAUCAAUGAAAUAUUUUUUCUUCAGAAAAUUAUAAAUUUUGUAUACUUAAUACAUAACCUUUUACAAAAUACUUAAAUGCUGAAUGUAUAUUGCAUGUUCUCGAGAUUUGAAGUUUUGUCCAAAAAAAAAAUGAAUUUAUAUUUUCUACUUGACAAGAAAUGUGUUUUAUUUUAAUUUAAACAAUAAAGUUGCUUAUAAAUUGUU